UUUUUUUUCCUUUACAUUUUUUUACCUGCUUUCCUGGAUUGAUUUAAUGAUUCCAAUCUCAGCAUUGGCUCCAGACCCAAAAUAGGAUCUGCACACAAAUCACCCCCCCCAGGAGGCAUGGAAUUGUUUCUAUGUAGUGGGGUUUGCACAGAGAAUGAUGAAAUCUCUUUAGAUCUGCUAGGAAGAGCCUGCUGCUUGUAGAAUGAAUGGUGUUGCAAGCCAGGGAUGGGGCUGUUCUCAGAUAAUGCAGUGUGCCUUGUGAAGGAUCAGGCAUGCAAGAUAAAUAGAAAAAUGUAGAAAGAAAACAAGAGGAACUCUAACGCAGGGAGGUUCUCUCUCUCUCUCCGAUCGGGACUGUACCCGGGACUCUCCACCUCACAAUGUCAAAGAAGGGUUCAAGCAGUAGAGCUAAGGGAGAUAAACCGGAUGCCUUCGCUUCCUUACAAGCUGCAAAUGAAGAUCUAAGAGCAAAACUUACGGAUAUCCAAAUAGAGCUCCAACAGGAAAAGAGUAAGGUCAGCAAACUAGAACGAGAAAAAAAUCAAGAAAUAAAGCAAAUCCGGGAACACGAGCAGCAUAAAAACAUAGUUAUUGUAACAGAAUUAAAGGCCAAACUUCAUGAGGAGAAAAUGAAGGAACUUCAGGCUGUCCGAGAAGCCCUGUUGAGACAGCAUGAACUGGAGCUGCUGCGCGUUAUCAAAAUCAAGGAUAACGAGAAUCAAAGACUACAAGCUGUUGUGAAUGCUUUACGGGAUGGGGCGCCGGAAAAAGUGAAAACUGUCCUGUACAACGAGGCGAAAGAGGAAGCCAAAAAGAGUUUUGAGUUUGAAAAAAUCAAGAUGCAGCAAGAGAUUUUUGAACUGAAAGGUGCAAAAAAACAGGUAGAAGAGGCCUUGACUGUGGUCGUUCAAGCAGACAAAAUGAAAGCAGCCGAAAUACGGAGUGUAUUUCACCUACACCAGGAAGAAAUCACCAAAAUAAAGAGGGAAUGUGAGAAAGAAAUACGUCGGCUGCUCUCUGAGCAGAAGAAAGCUCUUAAAAAGAAUAUGCAAAGUAGACGGAUGGAUGAAAUAAAAUUAAAAGACAGAGCAGUCUACGUGCUGGAGAAAGAGUUAGGGGUUCAAGCCGGGCAUGCUCAGAGACUGCAACUCCAAAAAGAGGCUCUAGAUGGGCAACUUAUCCAGUUCAAAGAGUCUGAUCGGCAUCUGAGUAGCCCAAAGCGGGAACUUCCUUAUGCAAGUGGUGCAGGAGAAGCUUCAGAUCAUUCUGGAAGCCCUGAACAGCAGCUGGAUGAAAAGGAUGCACGUCGAUUCCAACUAAAAAUAGCUGAAUUAAGUGCAAUUAUACGUAAACUAGAAGACCGCAAUGCUUUAUUAUCUGAGGAAAGAAAUGAACUGCUGAAAAGGCUGAGAGAGGCAGAAAGCCAGUAUAAACCUAUUUUGGACAAGAAUAAACGACUCAGUCGAAAAAAUGAAGAGAUGUCUCAUUGUUUACGUAAAAUGGAAAACAAACUAAAGUUUUUAACACAUGAGAAUAUAGAAAUGAGGCAAAAAGUUGGCACAAUCAGGAGACCGAGCUCCCUGAACGAUCUAGACCAAAGUCGAGAAGAGAGAGAAAUUGACUUCCUUAGACUUCAGAUAAAUGAACAACAAAUUAUCAUUGAUGAACUUUCUAAGACUCUGGAAACAGCAGGCUACGUGAAGAGUGUAAUAGACCGAGAAAAGCUUUUAAGGUUUAGGAAGCAAAGGAAAAAAAUGACAAAACUCCCAAAGCCUGUGGUGGAGACAUUCUUUGGUUAUGAUGAAGAAGCUUCAUUAGACUCCGACGGUUCUUCAAUCUCUUAUCAAACUGAUAGAACAGAUCGCACACCUUGUACUCCUGAUGAGGAUGUGGAGGAGGGUAUGGCCAAAGAAGAAACAGAGCUCAGAUUUCGUCAAUUGACCAUGGAAUAUCAAGCUCUACAACGUGCAUAUGCACUUCUACAAGAACAAGUUGGAGGAACCUUAGAUGCUGAACGGGAAGUCAAGACACGGGAACAGCUGCAAGCAGAUAUAUAUAGAUAUCAAACAAGAAUAGAGGAUCUGGAAAAGGCAAUGUCAGAACAAGGCCAGGACAUGAAAUGGAUUGAAGAAAAACAGGCACUAUACAAACGAAAUCAGGAACUCUUAGAAAAGAUCAAACAGAUGGAAGCAGAUGAAGCAAAGCUCCGCCAUGAUAUUCAAGAUGUUAAAGACCAGAAUGAGCUCCUGGAGUUCAGGAUCCUAGAGCUAGAAGAGCGAGAGAGAAGAUCGCCAGCCAUCAAUUUCCACCACAUUCCAUUUAUAGAAGGAAAGAGUCCACUGCAAGUAUAUUGUGAAGCUGAAGGCGUCACAGACAUCAUUGUUUCUGAGUUGAUGAAAAAACUCGACAUCCUAGGGGAUAACGCCAACUUGACAAAUGAAGAACAAGUUGUUGUUAUACAAGCAAGAACAGUCCUAAAUUUGGCCGAAAAGUGGCUCCAGCAAAUAGAGGUGACAGAAUCUGCCCUGCAGCAAAAGAUGGUUGACAUUGAAAAUGAGAAAGAUUUGUUCACUAGGCAGAAAGGGUAUUUAGACGAAGAGUUAGACUUCCGGAAGAAAUCCUUGGAUCAGGCUCAUAAGCAUAUCUUGGAACUGGAGGCUAUGUUAUAUGACAUCCUGCAGCAAGAGGCUGGAGCCAAGAUGUCUCAAAUACUUUCAGAAGAAGAAAGAGACAAGUUAAAAUGUGCAGUAGAACAGUGGAAAAGACAGGUAAUGAGUGAGCUGCGGGAAAGAGAUGCCCAAAUCUUACGGGAGAGAAUGGAGCUGAUUCAACAUGCACAACAGAGGAUAAAAGAGUUAGAAGAAAGAAUAGAAUUUCAAAAGAGACAGAUUAAAGAGCUAGAAGAGAAGUUUCUAUUUUUGUUUUUAUUUUUCUCGUUAGCUUUUAUACUUUGGUCAUAGAUCAUCUGCACAGUAUCCAGGCCUGUAUAGGACUUUGAAGCCACAUCUGCAGAGGACUAACUGUAUGGUAAUUCAAAUGGACAUGUAUUAUGACAAAAAGGCCAAAAACCCUAUAUUUUUAUUGACCACUUGAGGUGCUCUGCUGGAAUUUGCAGCAAUUUGUGUGUACUACAGAUGUUUAGAAUAACUCAUAUUUAAGAGCUUUUCAUAGUAAAGAAAAGAGACUUUCUACUAAUUCAGAACAAAUGGAUUUAUUUUGGUUUCCUGCCAAGCAGGUAGUCAACUGCUUCUAUAAAGAAGUUCACCUUUAUCACAUGCUUGUGUACAACAUUAAUGAUCAUCCCCAUGCACAGAUGAAAAUCGAAGAAAAUGUUAAUGGUAACUUUGGGGGGGAAAGCCUAAAAGCCCCAACCGACUGGGCUACAGAGCCCCCGUUAAUGCUCAUCAGAGGAUAAUCAUUUUAUCAUUUGAUUUUUUUCCCCCUGGAUUCUGAGAAGCUACAGCUUUUAGCAGUGUUUAAAUGACUGGACUUCAUUCAUACGUAUUAAAGCUGCUUAAUUGACACAAGACGACAAACCAAAAAUUACAAGGUGGAAUAUGAUGUCAAAAAAUGAAAUGCGACAGGAGAAAGCACAAGCAACGAAAGAGAACACUUUAUAAAAUCAGAAGAAUUAAAAACGUAUUCUGCUAAUAUGAAGAUGUCAAAGGAAGCACAUGCUGAAAUAGUAACCAAAAUGUAAAAGAAUGAGGAGGACAAUGUGCCAAAUCUCUGUGUUAUAAAGUAAACGGACCAAUUCUUCCUUAACAUGGCACCCUGUCUGAUUAGUAGAUGAAAAGAUCUCAGAAACAUAAAUUUUUGGCUGUUUCAGUGUACACACUUCAGUAUGCAAGGGAGAAUAGCGCGUGCCCAGGAGGAACGUUUGGAUCGCUUACUUUACAACGUUGUCAUGUGUUGGAUUAAGCAAUGGUUACGUGCACACGUUUAAAGACAAGAGUAGAUCUUGAACAUACUCAAGAUUUAUGUAAAACCUUAUUGAAUACAAUGCUGCCGAAGAGUAACGAAGGUGCAAUGUUUGAGAUUCCCCAGCAUUUUCAAUAUAAUUGUAAUAACAUAAUAUUAUUUAUUGAUAGCCCCAGUUAAAACCGUGGACAGAAGUAGUGUAAUCGACACGUGGCACAAUCCUUACAUUAAAAUGACUUGGGGCAUAAAUGUACAUGGUGAAAAUGUUAAAAAGGUGUUUUACCAAUAUUUGAUAAAAAUAAAGGUGUAAAUCUUCAGGUUGCUGCUGGAGACUGACCCAUAUACUGGACGGCAUACAGUUAUAUAAAUGCAGAUUCCAUAUUCU